AUGGUUGAUAAUACUAAUGAAAUCGCGAACGUGGCAGAUGCGGUGUUGUCGAAAUCGCUGUUCGACGUGACGUCUGGAUUGGAUGCAUUCGUGAGCGGGGCGUUAGGAGGAGGAGGGGGGGAAAUAAUAGCGAAUAAUAGUGGUAGUGUGUUUAGCAAUGUGACAUCAUCAGCAUCAGCGCACGCUUCUCCGACGACGUUUGUGUUGGUAUUUGUCGCUGGAUUAGUGACGAGUUUGUCGCCGUGUACGCUGUCCGUGUUGCCGUUGACGUUGGGGUACAUCGGAGGGUACGCGUCAUCAUCGCUGAAAGAAAACGAGGAAGAAAACGAAGACGCGAAGAAAUCGGCGAUGCGCGUGAAUGCGAUAGCGUUUGCGGUUGGAUUAGCCUCCGCGUUCGCUUUAUUUGGCGUCUUUGCGGCGACGGCGGGGAAAGCGUUUGGGCAAAUUGGCGUCGUCGCGCCGAUUUCCGUCGCCGUCUUAGCCAUCGUCAUGGGAUUGAACUUACUCGGCGAAGUCCAACUGAGAUUUCCUUCGUUUGGAAGCAACUUUGACCCGAGAUCGUUGAAUUUGCCGCCGUUUUUAACCUCCUUCGUCGCCGGCGCGACGUUCGCGUUAGCGGCGAGCCCGUGCGCCACGCCGGUACUCUCCACGCUCCUCGCCUACGUCGCCGCGAGUUCCAACAACGUCCUCUCCGGUGGAUUUCUGCUCUUUUCGUAUACCUUAGGAUAUUCAGCGCCGUUAUUACUCGCCGCGAGCGCGGCUGGAAACAUUAAAAGUGUCAUGGGAGUGCGCGAGAAAACGGCCUGGGUCACGCCGGCGAGCGGAUUUUUGCUCGUCGCCGGCGGAUGGUACGCCUUGUUAGGAAGAGUCGUCCCGAUGAUUCUCGGCGCGUAA